AUGGCGACCGAAGACGACAAUGGUCGCGAACCAGCAAGCGAGACCUCACCAUUGCUAGGAAAGCAAGCACCCAAGCCCAUUGACCCUAGCAAUGGCAUCGCACCCGACAGCGCCGUCGCCAAUGGAGUCAUCGCUGAAGAAGAAGAAGCAGAUGGCGAAACCCUCGAACGACAGACCAGCCUGGAAGAAAGACAGAAGCAAUAUGAAGGCCAACCCGAGAUGAGAAAGAAAAUGAAGGUCAUCUUCCCAGCCUUGACCAUCGGUGUCCUGCUCUCAGCCGCCGACCAGACCAUCAUUGUAUCCAGCUACGGAAAGAUUGGCAGUGAGCUCAAGGCUCUCAAUAAUGUCUCUUGGAUCGCAACCGCAUACUUCCUUACCCUGACGAGUUUUCAACCGCUGUAUGGAAAGAUGUCGGAUAUCUUUGGAAGAAAGAGUUGCCUGUUGUUUGCAUAUGCUAUCUUUGGUAUUGGAUGUCUGUUCUGUGGUUUGGCUCAGAACAUGAAUCAGCUUAUUGCUGCUCGUGCUUUUGCGGGCAUUGGCGGUGGUGGUAUGACGACUGUUGUUUCUAUUCUAAUGUCUGAUGCCGUGCCUCUUCGUGAGCGUGGCAAGUGGCAGGGCUACGUCAACAUCAUCUAUGCCACUGGUGCUGGUACAGGAGCUCCACUAGGUGGCAUUCUUGCAGACUCGAUUGGUUGGCGAUGGGCUUUCCUUGGGCAGGUGCCCUUGUGUGUGCUUGCCUUUGUGGUUGUGAGUCUGGUUUUGAAGCUUCCUAAGAGGGAGCAAACCGAUUGGAAGGUGAAGCUUCGUCGUAUCGACUUUGUCGGUGCUGCCAUCCUGAUCGGUGCCGUCUUUACUCUCUUGCUCGCUCUGGACAGAGGCAGCAAUGUCUCAUGGAAGGCAAACAUCACCAUUAUCUCCAUCAGUCUCAGUAUCCCGCUCUUCAUUCUCUUCAUCCUUGUGGAGAUGAAGGUUGCUGCGGAACCUUUCGCACCUGGUCACAUCAUCUUCAACCGUUCGCUCUUCGCUUGCUACCUCUGCAACUUCUUCUCGUUUUCUGGAUGGCUUGCUGCGUUGUUCUACAUUCCCCUCUACUUCCAAGCUGUGGACGGCCUUACUGCGACUCAAGCUGGCGUUCGCUUGAUUCCAGGUAUCAUUGCAGGCGUGAGUGGCAGUCUGUUUGGUGGUUUCUACAUGCAGCGUACCGGCAAGUUUUACUACUUGACAGUCAUUGCGUACACCUGUCUUGUCAUCGGCAUGGCCUUCGUCUUCCUCUUUUCUGGCUUCGUCGCAAACAGCACUUUGGGUAUGAUCAUUGGCAUGUGCAUUUGUGGUUUCAGCAAUGGUAUUGGAGUCACAUCCACCCUUAUUGGUCUUAUCGCCAAUGCAUCUCGCGAAGACCAAGCAGUCGCAACCGCAUGCUCUUACCUCUUCCGCAGCUUGGGUUCAGUCUUCGGUGUCUCCGUCUCUGCUACCCUUGCCAACCAAGCUCUGCGCGAUCAUCUCGCCUCAGCACUCAGCAGUGGUGAUGCAGCGGCUGAGAUCACUGAACGUGUCAGAGAGAGUUUGGCGUAUAUCAAUACGCUUGAGCCUAGUGUGCGUGCUCUGGUUAGAGGGUGUUAUGCGCAGAGUACACGUGCUGCGUUUAGUCUUGAGAUUGGUCUUGUGGCUGGUGCGGCUUUGAGUGCUUGGUUCAUUAGAGAGAAGGCAUUGAGUAGAUAG